CUGUCUAAUGUGGUCAUUUUUGUCGCUUCUGCUUCUGCUUCAGUCGUAGUCACGUUGAAAUACCACACCAAAAAUAGGAAUGAGAAUGGAAAGCUUGCUACGGUUUAUUGUCGGUUUAUUUGUUUUGCUGACUGAGCACACCGUAGCAGGCUACCAGCCCACUGGGUGCAAGUCCACAACCGGACGGAACGCGCUUGUAUCUGUGCCGCGUCGUGCGUAAGUCUGGGGAUUCCCUCAGGGGUCUCAACGUGUGCACAUUUUGUCUUCUGUGAAAAGCAUUGGCUCACGGAUCUCAUGAGAUCGAGUGUGUGAUGCGGUGAUGCAUGAUGAUUUGUCUCACUUCACCCUCUUAUCGUCCCUCUGCCUGCAUGUAGUGAAAAGGUCCCCGUUUUGAUAGUGUGAAGUCAGGUGAUAAGCAGGUGAUGAGCCCAGUCUGCACCCUGCCGCGUCACUGCAACGUGUCAGACACCCGGGGGCAGCACCAGGCUGCAAAGUCUGUCAAAAGGCUCACAGCAGUCCGCUGGAAAGUUCAUCACUUGUGCGUUGUUGUAUCUCCGACGCAUCGACGACCGCGGGAGGCGUGAUCAGACAGAGAGAUGAGCUCGAAAACUCUGCGUUCGGCGUGAAAACAGACCCGCCUUCAUCUGAAAAUAACUGCGGCGAGCUGAAACAGGAAACUCGUGCGCUUCGCCUCUUGCAGCUCACCGAUGCAUCAUUUGACACUUUGAGCAGGUCUCCCAAAUCCACAUCAGCGCCGCAACACCUCAGCCGCGUCUCCGUCGCUUCGCCUGAACUCGGAGGAGUCGUUGGGAUCACAUUUAGACCGAUGACCUCUUUAUACGACGAGAAGGAUUUGGAGGAAGAGCUCAGUCGAGUCCCCUGCCCCGAUGAGGAUUUGGAGUUUGAGUACCUGUUUGAAUAUGAGCCGCCUUGCAGCGACUUUGCGGGGGGAGAUCAAGAUGACCCCAACCUUGCAACUCACAAAGUCCUCAGUCCUGAGUCUGAGCAGGUUUUCCCCCUGGAGGAGGCCUCCCCGUACGGCCACAAGUCCUGCAGUCCCUCCUACAGUGAACACAACACCGAGGUUCUCACAGGAUAUGAGAACCAGGAGGCCAGAAACUACCUGGACAGUACCCGACCUGCAGGUCUGGCCCUGAGCCCGCGGAUCGAAAUCACCCCCUCCCGUGAGCACUACAACCAUGGUCGGGACUCCCUGCAGAACCACCACCUGAACAUUAGCCCCAGACCCACCCUCACCGUGCCUGGCCAUGAAAACCUCGCCUACCGUGAGCCCCAGUGCCUGAGUCCCGCCAGCAGCAACUCCUCCACCAGCUGGCACUCGGAGAGUUUCUCCCCCUGGGCGUCUCCUUGCGUGUCCCCCAGCAGCGUCCAGAACCCCGGAGACCUCUGCCCCAGAUUACAGAACAUCCACACUGGCUCCCCGCGCACCUCCCCGGGCACCUCUCCUGGCACCAGCCUAGUCGAGGACGGCUGCCUGGGAGCCCGCUCGCCCUCCCCCAGACCUGGUUCCCGCUCCACGUCCCCACAGGGCAAACGCACCUACGACAUGUACAGGAAUCCAGGCUUAGUCCCUGGGCACCGCUCCCGCAGUCCCUCCCCUCACAGUGGCCAUGAAGAUCACAACACAGGCGCCCACUAUACGCACAGCAGCCUUGCUGAUGCCAUGAAUGGUUUUGGCACUGGACAGCCAGGCUUGGUGCCCACUAAAAUAGUCAAGACGUCCAACCAGGUUUACACUCUGUACCCGGAGAACCACGGAGAAGGGAACUACUUGGUGUCCUGUGAUCAGGACAUAAAACCCAAACCUGCUCCAGAGCCUUUCUUUGUCAUCCCCCCGAUCUGGCCCAAGCAGCUGGUUUCCAGCAUCUGCAGCAUCCCCGUGGCUUCUCUCCCGCCGCUGGAAUGGCCGAUCCCCAGUCGCACAGACCAGUAUGAACUCCACAUUGAGGUGCAGCCCAAGCCACACCACAGAGCUCACUACGAGACAGAAGGAAGCAGGGGCGCGGUCAAAGCGCCCACAGGAGGACAUCCUGUCGUGCAGUUGCAUGGCUACAGAGGCAAGGAGCCACUUGGCCUGCAGAUCUUCAUUGGUACAGCUGAUGAGCGCAUCCUCAAGCCUCACGCCUUUUAUCAAGUCCACCGCAUCACUGGCAAGACGGUUACGACCACCAGCUUUGAGAAGAUCAUCCACGGCACCAAAGUGCUUGAGAUCCCCCUGGAGCCAAAGAACAACAUGAAAGCAAUAAUCGACUGUGCUGGGAUCCUGAAGCUCAGGAACGCCGACAUCGAGCUGAGGAAGGGCGAGACGGACGUCGGUCGGAAAAACACCCGCGUUCGUCUUGUGUUUCGUGUCCACAUACCUCAGCCUGGAGGACAGUGCGUCUCUCUCCAGGUGGCCUCGCAUCCCAUUGAGUGCUCCCAGCGUUCAGCACACGAGCUUCCCAUGGUGGAGAAGCAGGACAUGGACAGCUGCUCAGUUCUGGGAGGCCAGCAGAUGAUCCUGACUGGGCAGAACUUCAGCUCCGAUUCUAAGGUCAUUUUUUUGGAGAAAACCCCGGAUGGGCAGCAAAUCUGGGAAAUGGAAGCAACGGUGGACAAAGAUAAGAGCCAGCCAAGCAUGCUGUUUGUGGAGGUGCCGUCCUAUCGCGACACAUCUGUCUGCCAUUCUGUCAAAGUGAACUUCUACGUCAUUAAUGGCAAGAGGAAGCGCAGUCAGCCUCAACAUUUCACCUACACACCACUGGCAGCUCCAUCCAUUAAGACAGAACCCUUAGAUGAGUAUGAAGCAAACCACAUGGGUUUUGCCAUGCCCCAGAUCCUGGGCUUAUCCCCUCAUUCCUACUACCAUAACCAACGCGGCGUCCUCCAUCCAGACAACGGCCUGGUCUCUGGCAUGGCCUCCUGCCAGCGUCUCAGUUCCAGCCUUGCAGGCCAAGAUGCACGUUUCCAGCAGCAGAGCCCGGCCAUCGUCUGCUCCCGCAAGAGUCUGAGCAGCAGCCCUGGCCUUUACCAGCAGACUGGAGGGAUGAUGCCCGACCCCCACCGGUCGGUCCUGGUGCACACCGGCUCCCCGGCUCAGUCUCUAGGUCACAUCGGUGCAGGCCAGCACCCUUCCAUCAUCCAGUUCUCCCCCACCAACCACCACCUUCUUCGGGCAGGCGACCAUCAAGCUCUCGCCGCUCCGCAGCCUGACAACCAGCAGAUCAUCUACUGCGAUGGCUACUCCCCACAGGCAGCCGCCGCCCACUCACCAGCACCUCCCCAGGCUCAGGUAGCAGUGACCCACCCACAGCACUACCCCACCGUGAUCCAGCAGCAGCCCUAUGCACAGAAGGCACAGCAGAAAGUCCGGCCUCCGUCUGGCCCGGGCCAGAUGGAGACUCCAGGAGAUGGACAGAGGAGGGUGACGGUCAAGGAGGAGAACUUGGACCAGGCCUACCUAGAUGAUGGUGAGUUGAAUGAGAUCAUAAGAAAGGAUUUGACCGCCGUUCAGGCCAGAGGGCAGACAUAGAGGAGGAACCCGGACAGGAAAUGACAACAUCCCCCCGACUCACACACACACAGACACACGCGCACACAAAGCCCAGAGAGGUGACGCACAUCCACCAACAAUCAGACCUUCUCUUCCUCAUUUUCUUUUCCCACAGAGAUAGAAAUAUCAGCUCCCGACUCCUGUGUUUGCUUUGGAUGUUUUCCUGCAAUAAACAAUUUCAAACAGAAAAAUUCAUCUGAACCUUAACGUCAGCAGGUUUCCAACAAAGCCAUGACACACAACGGGGGAAUGUGCCUUAUUGUUAUGAUUUUAUUUUCUGGUUGAAGUUGAGAUAAAGUUUUUCAAAAGAGAUCAAAUGGGGGCAGGAGAUAAACAUCAUCAACGUCAGCCAUGCUGUUCAGGCAAUAAAGUCACACCUGUUUGCCUCGAUGGUCAUGUUGCAUGCAGCAAGUUGACAUCUUUGUGAAAUUUCUUAAUGAAGAUAACCGGCGGGUCAGCAGUCUGACGUCGUACCGAGAACACGAUAGAUCAGAUAUUUCAUUAGUCCAAAAACUUGUCAUGUGUUUGUUUAAUUCUUCUCGCACAAAGCGUGUGUUUUGUCUGUGUGCAUCCUCGUAUGCAGUUUUACAUGAAAAGACUUAAGCUUACAUGCCGAUCAUCUCAUUUUUAGUGCAGUUAUCUAAUUAAAGUGAAGCACACACUUGCCUUAACCGCAUGAAAAACUGACUAUUGUGACACCUCCUAAUAUGCACUGUUUUCAAUAGCGAGGGGUCAACUUUAAUGCAUUUUUAUAUCUGAAUCAUGUGAAUAAUGUUCCAUUUUAUAUACUGAAUCAUAUUCAGGUGAUAAUGCCAAAGUGGGGCCUGUGGUGCGGCGGCGACGGCUUUGGUCAGCGUUUUAAAUGAUUUCCGCGCUCGACUUGAUCUCUUCUUCGGUCUUGCACUGAAAAUGGUUGAAAAAUGGACCUGGAGUCUGGUUCGUGCAGGCUGAAGUGAGAGAUUUCAUACAGUCCCGUUUAAAGGUGGUUUUCUUUUUGCCUUUUUUUAAAAUCUUUUUCAAUUCUUUUUUUAUUUGCUCUUAAAGCUGAUUAUAUCGUCCGUUGAAAGCGAAAUAUUCCAAAGCGUAUGUUGUGUUUAUCGUUUCAUGUAUAGUUGAAUUUUGCUUCUGUCCAUAAUGACAGUCGGUGUACUUAAAGCUAAACGCCUGCCUAUGCAGAAGCUUCAUGCUUGCUGGUGUAAAGAGCGCACAUUUUAUAUUCUGUUGUUAUACUUUAUGCACACUGUAAACACAGAUAGGAGAAACGCUUUGUGUAUGCAACUUGCUUUAAUGAAGAAAGGGAGUAGCUUAAAACUGUUUUUGUGAUACUUGUAAUAUUUCACUGACUGAAUUGGAGUCCAUUGAAAGCACCAAGUGCCAACUGCAUGACUGUAAAGAGGAAAACUUUGCAAGUGAAGCAGUUAAAAACACACAACGUAAGUCAAAUGUUCUAAAUCGCAGUGUUUCAUAUUUAACGUGGACCUGUUUGAUAGAAAAUAAGAUUUUAUUUUAUGAUAUUAGUAAAGCUAAUAUUGAUCUGUUAAUGAUAUUUCUCAUUGAGCCAGUACAGUACAAGUGCAUUUGACAUUUCUUGAAUGUAAUCUUUAUUAAAUGAUUUUUCCCCUUUUCUGUAAAUAUCAUUGUUAUUGUCCAUGUCUUAAAGUUUGAGUAGACUAAUUUAGAAACAAUUUGUUGUCUGUCUUGCACCUUUACGUGUCUCUUGUGUUUAUAAUACAGACAAUGUUAUAGUUAUCAUCAUUUUAUCCGUUUUAUUACAGUGUAAAACGCUUUCAGAAGGGAAUUAUGAUUACCUAAAACCUAAAAGUCUCCCUUUAACAGAUUAUAUUUUUGUCCAUACAAUCUUUGAAGAAAUCUUUGGUAAUGAAAAGGUUAUUAAUACUGUCUUAUUUUAUUUUUCCGUGUUAAUAGUUGUCAUGUAUUUGUUCAAUUUUGAGUCCUCUACACUUUGUGCCUCUUUGAGAAGUCUCUGUUUUAUGCUAUUUUUGUAUCCUUAAAAGUAGCAAUAAAUAAUAACCGCAUACAUCGUGA